AGAACCCGGGACCACAGUACGGAAACGGCCCGGGGCUGAGCUGCAGUCAGAUCCGGGGAUGGAGGGAGCCGGAGAAGAGGAGUGAGGAGGCCGGGAAAGCAGGCCGUGCUGUCCUCCUGGAGGCUGCAGCCUGCUGUGACAGUGGAGGACCAGUCCACCCAGAAAGGGAAGGGGUCAGGAGGUCGGGCCUGGGCUUUAGCAGGCUCAGACAAGGCCCAAGGAGGGAACACCAGGCACCCUAGAGUUUAGGGCCCAGGCUUGGCUGGGGUUGUCCAAAGGGGGCCUAGACCAGGCCUCUAGUAAGGAAACUGAGUCAGAAUCAGGCCUUAGGGCUGGGCCCAGACGCGUGCGAGCCAAGUUAGGGGUAGGGGACCAAGACCCUCGAGGGUCUCCGAGACUAAGGGGGGUAGGGGGCUUCAGGGCCUCCGAGUCCAGAGCUGGAUUGGCGAGUUAGACGCUUGUAGAUCCAAGGUUGGAUUGGGGUGGGGUCUCUGGGACGUUGGCUAGCGACGCAAGGAUUGGGGGGAUUUAAGUGCUUAGAGAUCGAAGGCAGGACUUGGGUAGGGGGAGUUAGACAAUUGGAAAGCCUCGGUGGUUAGUUGAGGAGGGGUCUUUGCGUUUUGGCGAAGCGCAAAGCUGCGCCUGUUUGGCUUGAGGUCUGAGGCCUUGUCAAGAGAAGCUGCUGUGAAGGGUGGGCCGACUAGGCCAGGCCAAGAGAAAGAAAGUGAACAAAUCAGGAAUAUAAGUGGGCGGGGGGCCCCUGAGCGGGGGGUCACAAAGGGUGAGACAUGGCCACCAGGCGUUUAACCGACGCUUUCUUGUUGUUGCGGAAUAAUUCCAUCCAAAACCGGCAGCUGUUAGCCGAGCAAGUGAGUAGUCACACCACCUCCAGCCCUCUGCAUUCACGUAGCAUUGCUGCGGAGCUGGAUGAGCUUGCUGAUGAUCGUAUGGCUCUGGUGUCAGGCAUUAGCUUAGACCCAGAAGCAGCCAUUGGUGUGACCAAACUGUCACCUCCGAAAUGGGUGGAUGGAGUGGCUGAAAUCCAGUACGAUGUUGGCCGGAUUAAGCAGAAGAUGAAGGAAUUAGCCAGUCUUCAUGACCGGCAUUUGAACAGACCCACCCUGGAUGACAGCAGUGACCAGGAGCACGCCAUUGAAAUAACCACGCAGGAGAUCACUCAGCUCUUCCACAGGUGCCAGCGUGCAGUGCAGGCGCUGCCCAGCCGGGCCCGCCGGGCAUGCUCAGAGCCGGAGGAACGGCUGCUCCGCAACGUGGGGGCCGCCCUGGCCCAGGCUGUGCAGGAGCUGUCGGUCAGCUUCCGGUGCGCGCAGUCCGCCUACCUCCGACGCCUGAAGAAUCGAGAGGAAAGAUCCCAGCAUUUUUUUGAUACAUCAGUACCACUAAUGGACGAUGGAGACGAUAAUACUCUUUAUGAUCGGGGUUUUACAGAUGACCAGCUAGUGCUGGUGGAACAGAACACACUGAUGGUGGAGGAGAGGGAGCGGGAGAUUCGCCAGAUCGUGCAGUCUAUUUCUGACCUCAAUGAAAUAUUUAGGGACUUAGGAGCCAUGAUUGUAGAACAGGGUACAGUCCUUGAUAGAAUUGACUAUAAUGUUGAACAGUCCUGUAUCAAAACUGAAGAUGGCUUGAAACAGCUUCACAAGUGCACUGCAGAAAUCCCCAGCAACGGUGCAGGCGCCCCAGCAGAUCACGAACCCUGUCUUGGGGGAAAUAUGCCUACCGUGAAGAGACAUUGCAGCCUCCGCGUACAGCAAGUCACCAGCCUUGGCAGGUGAAGAGGAGACGCUUACCAGGUCACAUGGCUCCUGAGGAGGUGCCGUGGGAAACUGCAUAUUGGUGCCGAAACCGUUUAACCCGAAUCUAAUCAUAAGAAAACAGUCAGGCGAGUGGGGACUGUGGGGCCCUCCAGGAGACAUUUCAACAUCAGGAAAGACAAAGGCAGGGACUGUUCUGGAUUAAAGGAGAGGAAAGGCACUUGACAGCCAAGUGGAAUGCUGAUCUUUAUUUGGAUUCUGAUUUUAAAAGGAAACGCCAUGAAGGACAUUUUGGGGACAAUUAAAGAGAUUCCAGUGUGGCCUGUGUAUUAGGUAACAGCAUUGCUUCACUGAUAACAUUUCUAUGGGUGUGAUCAGAAUAUUAGUGUGACUGGGGGCCAGUGCCCUUGUUCACAAGAGAUACACCUGAGGUAUUUAGGGUUAAGUGUCUGCAAGGAGCUUUAAGUGCUGCGAAAGAAAAAUACAUGCACACACAUAUAUGAAUAUAGGUAAAAGGGAUACCAGUUCAUCACACUGGUUUUUCAACUUUUCCAUAAGUUAAUGUAUUUUUUUUUCUUUAAGCAUCUAGAGAAAAGUGAUUUUCAUGGCACUUAGUUCAUUUUCAAUCCUUUGGGGAACAUCGAGUACAAAUCUAAUUGGUGUGUCCGACACAAUAUUUACAGUCUGACUGAGGCACUCCCUGAUGUCCAGCCGUGGUGAGGGAAGCAAACAUACACAGCACAGGCAGCGCCGGGGGGGUCAUGCAAAUGUCUCUGCCAUCUUGUCUGGACGGGGGCUCAUUUCCAGACCAGCUGCUCUAGGAGGAGGAGGACGAUGGUUGGAGCUUAGCCGCCUCCUGCUUCCUCUGGGUGCGUGAAGUAGCAGAUCAUUCUCAACCAGGAAUGAGCCCUACCUUUAUUUCACGUUCGUCCUGACUGAGGCACUUCCCCAGGCUUCCCGUUGCCCACAAGGUCAAGUCCAAACUCCGUGGCUCAGCAUAUAUCUCACAUUCACGUAAUGGGCAGCCACACAGGCUUUUGCCGGUUCCGGAAUGGACCAUGCCCUUUAGUACUCUGGGCCCUUGUCAAGGAUCAGCCUGCCUGGCACACAGCCCACCCUCAAGACCGAACUCCAGUAUCACCUCCAAACCCAGGCAGCUCCCAGUGACUGCAGUUCUGGGUUUUCCUGCUGUGUUCGCUCCCCACCUCUACACACACACACCCCCAGCCUGGAACUCUUCAGAACUUAUACUCAAUAUAUGUUGAAUGAAUGAAUGGAAACACCAGAAAGAUGAAACAAGUGUUCCCAGGGGACCAGGGUUUCCUUCUCACAUCAGAUGUGAUGGAAUCUGGGAACGUCACCGUGACCAGUUGCGUCUAAGCAGGCACGGGGAUUUUUAUACAAGUGAACUCCAGCAUGCAGCGACAUUAUAAGAGUAGCUCAUACACCUAGGGCCAUCGUACAUGCUGUGAUUUCAGAAAUGUGUCUAGACUAUGAAUUGUGCCCCUGAACUUCCUAAUAAAUCCUGGAAACUUGAUUCUGAUUUCUUCCAGAAGUUUUAAGUUUUUUCCUCAAUUCCUAAAGUAAGUCUGAACACCCAGUUCAGUCUGGAAAGAGUCUCAAGCCACAAAAAACCUAAGUUACUUCUUGGAUUGCAUUAGAGAUCUGGUGAGUUGUUUUAAGUUUUCUUUCUUUUUUUUUUAAAAAAAAUUGAGGUGAAUUUUUCAUUGACAGUGAAAUAUAUACGAAUCUAUGGAUUAAUACCUUUAUAAAAUUUUAUCUAAACGAAGUGCUGCCUGUCUUAUUUGUGUUAAAGUCUGUAAAGUGCAGUGAAAAGGGGAAAACACUUUCCUGGAAGAUGUUUGUAUCUGUCACAGGCCACAUCUUGAGGAAUCUGGCAGGCAUCUAAAGUGGAAUAAUUCCUCAAUGUUCUGUUUAGUUUGGACUUCUUCAAUUCAGGGAUGGCUUAAAACCAGAAUCCGUAAUAUCUGCU